GAGAAGAAAAUGUCGAGACCUCGUUAUGAUUGGUCAAAGCUUUGUCACGAUCUUUUGCGAUCAAUACUUGAAAGGUUAAACUGUAAGGAUUAUCAUCAAGCGAGAACCGUGUGCUCGAACUGGUAUACAGUUUCCACAACUUGUAAGCGACCUCUGUAUCCAUGGCGAAUCUUAUUCAACGCCGACUCUAUUUUAUUCUUCGAUCCGGGAGAAGACAAGUCCCACAUAAUCCAACAUCCCGGAGCCGAGUUUUCAGAAAGGUAUGUACUUGCUAGCUGCAGCAAUUGGUUCUUGAUGGUUGAUUCUGGUCUAGGUUUCUAUCUUGUAAACGUGUUCACUCGCGAGAGAAUCGAUCUCCCAUCGAUGGAGACAUUUAUUCUGGGAAAAGAGAGAUCCGACAAACAAGUUGUGUGGAAACUUUUUAUCGAGCGUACGGACAUGGUCUCUUGCCAGAAACAGGCUUGUCUUUGGAUAAAUGAGAGAACAGGGGACUAUGUUGUAGCUUGGAGUGUCAAACAACACUAUUUGUUCACAUGCAAGAAAGGAGAUGAUUCAUGGUCGAGUCUCCAAGGUAUAAAGUGUGUUUCUAUGGCGUUUGAUAAGGAUUACAAGCUUUAUGUGUACACAAAAGAUAACAGCAUCAAGGUUUUUGAUAUAUCUGGUGAUUCCCCUGAUGAGAUUGUCCAAGGGAAUCCGUAUCGUAACCAUCUGUUUGACCUCCGCUCUGUUUUAAAACGUGGGGAGUGCGGUUGGAAGCAGAGAAUAUCGGUUACGAACUCUGGAGAGGUUUUGAUGGUCGUGAGCUUAAAAGGGUUAGAAAAUAAACCUUUGUUUUACAUCUAUAAGAUGAAUUUGGGAAGUUGUAAUUGGGAACGAGUAGAUUCUCUCGGUGGUGAGAUGUUGAUAUUUGGUCAUGGGGUCACAAUUAGAGCACCUAUCAAAGAUAUUGAUGGUUCGGGUAUCAAGAAUGAUUCAAUCUGUUUCCGCAGUAAUGAUCUUUGGCCAGUUUUAGGUACAGAACGUAAUUGCGGUGUGUUCGAUCUUGCCACAAGUACAAUCGUAAUGCCUAACUCACUUUCGUCCCCGGAGAGUUUCUGGUUUGUUCCGGGAUAUGCUUAAAGGCUUUGUUUAGGAGAUUGGUUUCUCAUUUGGUCUAAGUCUAAAGAUUCAGCAAAGCCAACUUGCCCAGUUGUUUCUUUUGGGCUACUUUUGUCUGUGGAUUUACAUAUAUUUCUAAGUAUUGUGAUGGUUGUAAGCUUGAUUUUUCGUAUUAAGGUAUCUUUAUUUUGCGGAUUAACGUGAUGUUUCUAGGGAAAUUUGUGGUUUAAUGAAUCUUUGGUUAAUAAAAAAA